CAAAUCGUCUUCAGCGCGAUCGCUCGACCGAGCCGGCGACAGAAUGAUCACCUCUGCGAGCUCUAGACCACCGAGCGAGCGGCCGUCCUACACCCCCACUCCCUCGCUUGGCGGCCGAACGACCCCCUCGUCUCUCUCCUCUCUCCUCAGACCGUCUACAGCCGACACUAGGGAGCAAGGUGUGCACAUCAGGCACGGUGUUCUUCCGACGUACACCUUUCGUGUCGGAGAGGGAAUCCAAAACGUUCUAUUUCGUCCCUCAGUCCCUGAAUCCGUGGUCCUCAGUGGCGACUACUGCUACUCCUUCGCCCGGGGAAAGAGAAAGGAGAAAUGGUUGCUAGAGUCUGGAGACGGAGAGAGGCCGGAAGAACUAUUGAAGCUGCUCUAUGCGUCUCAUCACAACGUUUACGUCGGAAUCUGCACAACCACUAUAAAACUGUACAACCAGCAGUUUCAGUGUUACUUUGAAGCCAGAACCGAGAGAGAAAUUGUCAGUGCGGUCUACAAUGAGAGUUCUGCAGGAGAAAUCAUUACCGGCAGUCAGGGCUCCAUCACGAUCUGGACAUUUCGUCAAGGUGGCAAAAAGAUUGCCCCAGCACAAAUCAUUGUGGAAGGUCUGGGAGAUAAUGGAAGUGGUCCAGUGAGUGUUCUGCAUAUGGAGGAUGUGCCAGGCAGAGCUCAGCGCUGCUUUGCCGCAGUCAACUCCGGGAUCAGGGUGUAUCAGGUGUGCAGUGGUCGUCUCCUCUCCUCUCACCCCUCCCUCCAUCACUGCACACUCUCUGCCCUCCUCUUCUUCAGACCACUCACUCUCCUCCUCUCUGCCGACACUGACGGAGCCAUCAAAGUGUGGGACACCAGUUGGAGACUUUGCUGUACGUUCAUCAGUCAUCGCGAGGCAGUCACUGCCCUCUCCCCUUACCCCCACGGACCCCUGGUAAUCAGCGGCUCAUUGGACUCCACUCUAUGUGUAUGGGACCUCACUUCCCAAGACCAGGUGGACUGUCUGGACAAUGGUGCUCCUGUACAUGGUCUCCACUCCUCACCAGGCACUCCUCACAUCCUCACACACUCACACACCCUCGUGAGGGGCUGGCGGGUACAGCAGCUCUACAAACGUUCUGCCAUCAUCGGACGCGAGAUUCUCUCCCUCUCUUCCACCACUCACCCUCUGGUUCCACGGAGACUCCUCGCCAGUUGUGCUGACUCGGCGGUCAGACUGGUUUGUCCAGUCGGAGGUCACGUCAUCACGACUGCUCUCCUGCCUCCUGGACAGCGUGUGCUCUCUCUCAUACACUUCCCUCUCACUGAGUCACUGUAUGUCCUAGAGAAAGGCGGGACUGUCACAGUGUUCAACACGUCUCAGACUCCCUCUCCAGCCACUGCUCAUUGGACUGCCCCUAGCAGUCUUGGCCAGUUCACGUGUCUGGCUCACUAUGAGCAAACCAUGGAUGAGGAAGACAUUGAGGAGAUGCUGGCUGAGGAUAGGUGGCUGGGUGUGGUGCUGGAAGCUCGGAAACUCUCCCGGUUAUCGCUCUACACCAAGGAUCCCCUGACUGUCCAGAGAGAGGGGAUGUCCCUGCUAUUAGCUGGUACUAACGAGGGCCACAUUGCACUGAUCGAUCACACCACCGGUGACGUUCAGUUUCACCUCAAGGGACCAGUGACACUUCUAGCAUGUGAUGCAAAACAAAACUACAUCUUCUCUGCAUCCAAUGAUUGUCAGAUUUUCAUAUCAAAACUUCACCCACACAUCCAAGAGUCUAUUUCGCUGAUGAUGUCAUUUGAUGUCACUUUCUGUCCGAGUUUUAUCUGCAUCACUCCAGACCGGGUGGGUGUGGCUUGCAAUAACCACGCCCACUCCAGUUUCACUAUCGAUAUGUACUCCCUACAAGACAGAGCCUCUUUUACCGGUGAUCCAGAGAAUAGUCACCAGGCAGCCAUUACUGGUCUGGCUCCAUUUCCACGACUGCACCUGUUUGCAUCUACCGGUCUGGACCGCACGCUGCGAAUAUGGACCGCCAACAACCACCCAGUGCGAGUGCUGCAGUUGGAUGGAUCUCCCUCAAGUCCAGUCUUCUCCUCUCCGUCAGCACACCUCACACUAUCCCUCCUCAGACACCUCCACUCCAUCGACCCCUCCACCUAUCUUCCCGAGCAGCUGCUGAAUCAACUCGUCUCCAUGACUACCGACGACGUGGAAGAGACGCCGCCACGUGAGAUGAUCUCUGACCUUUCAACUCUGACCCCCGAGGAUCUGGAGAGGCUUGAAGUGGUUGACGACACCAUUCAGCAAGAGGCUUAUAAAGGAGCACUGUCGGUGGAAGAGAUGACAGAGCUGGAGGAUAUUGCCAGGGAGAAGGCUGCGGGGAUGUCCCUGCUCGUUGAGAGAGAUAACGAGAUCAGGGGAAUCCUUAAUGACUCUUCCUACCGGAAAGGACCACGCCUCUCUUUCUUCCCUCCCCUGGCGACCUUUGAACCUCCCUAUCCCGUAGCACCAGACGGAAUACUUCCUAACUCCGCCCUACUCCAGUUGCUGAGGAAGAGUGAGGCAGACGUGGCACUGGCUCAGACGUGGGCUCCUCCUGUCCUCUCUGACCAGCAGAGGAGACUCAUGGCUGAGAUGGAGGACGAGGUUGAGGAGGAAGAAGAGGACUCUGACCUCCAGUCACAGCUCCAGGCUGCGCUGGACGCUGACUACACCAGUCCUCCCGCCUCUCUCUCCCCCACCCCUCCCCCUUCUCCCCCUCCCGAUCCUGUCAGGAGGAAGAUCGUUCCUCUCAAGCUUGAGAAGCUUGUUGCUCCUCCAAAACCUACUCCACCCCCACGAACUCUGACCCCACCCCCUCCGAAGUCCCCCACCCCACCUCCUCCUCCCCCAACCCCGCUACCCGAGUACAUCGCUCAGUUUAUCAGUCGGCAGUGGUUCGACAAACUCUACCCCAAUGCCAACUCGUCCACGUUCCCACGGCCAUGGUCCGUGACGCGGUUCAUCAUGUCUCUCCUCUCACAUCUCUCCAGAGCCAGUCUCGACUCCUUCACCAAGACCGACAUCUGCCUCGCGAUCCACCACCUCCUGCGGUCCCACUCUCCCUCCAACACCGAUGACAUCCACCGUACAGUCCUGGACCAACUGACCACGCCCCCUCGCCCCUCCCUCCUCAACCCCUCCCACCGUCCCCUUGUCACCGCUUCACUCUCUCUCCUCUACCACAUGAACACUCUCAGUCCAGCAUUGGUGGUAGUGGGUAUGUUGGCCAGUGUGGAAGAGAGAGGAGGAGGAGGGGGAGGUGGAGGGGUAGUGGAAAGAGAACUUGUGGCGUGGUUGGAGAGGAACGGAAUGGAAGAUCCUCACGGCUAUUUCACCAGACACCUGGCUCACACUGCCACCUCUCAACAGACUGGUCCAGAGCUACACGGAGCGGUGGAAAGGUGGCUGGAGGACUGGGCCACUCGAGAACACACCAGUCGACAGAACAAGAGACUUCAGCCACCGCCUACCAACAGAGGAAAUAAGGCCAGCAAGAAAAAGGCCGGGGUAAAAGGGGUUUCCCCAUUGCUGAAGUGUAAUGUGAUUGACGUCAUCAACUACUUUAUUCGGAUCGAGCACGAGAACGAACUGAAAAAACGAGUGGUGACUCCACCCCCUGCCCCGCCCCCUGAGCCAGAGGAGGAGCUGCCUCACAACACAGUCCUCACACUCCCCAGAAUCACCAGGAGUCGCAGAGUGGCCAGACUGGGAGAGACCCACUGUAGCUGCUGUCACCCUGAGAGAGAAACAUCCCUAUACCACCGCCUGCCACCAGUCAGUCGUCCCUCUCAUCCCGCCCACCUCUUGUCCGGCUUCUCCCGGACUCUCUCCCUCGCCAUGAGACCCCAGACCAUCAACCCUUUCCUCACCGAGGAGGAAGAGGAAGAGGCUGCUGCCCAGUCGCGACAGGCUCCACCCACUAUGACAUCACUGAUGAAGUAUUUCAUACCAGAGCUAUCAGUGGUCCACAACCAGGCACCCUGAACUGCCCCCCUCACUGUGACUAGAGAUUUCUCUCUCUCGCUUCCAGUUUGUCAAAAGAGUGUUUUUAUUUCUCACGUGACAUUCAAUUCAUGAUUGGUUCAAAUUUUUAUAUCAUACAAAACGCAAACUAAAAAAUCAUGACUUUUACAAAACUAAUGUGCUGAUCUAGUCAAAAUAUAUCAUUGUGUGAUGAAAAUUUCUAUUUCACAUCCACAUGGGUAGACUGAGCGCUAAAAAGUCAGGAGUUUGGCCAGUCGUCAACUAGACAUCCGAGAGACGAAUUUGAGAGCUGUCAUGAACGACGUGAGACAAAUCCCUCUUCACCCUUCACAUACCCUUCUUGAAUGAACUCUUCCAUCAGAGCAGUCUCAGAGACCAGCUGUGGGAGGGCUGCACGGAUGAUGACGUAGCUCAUGAUGGGAAGAAUGUCGUCCACUCCUCUAUCGGAGGGAAGGAGGGAGAGAGAAGGAACAUCGGAAAAAGAUAACCAUAUCCACAGAGGUAAAUACACACCAGCCAAUACACUAAAGUCCUCAUUCAACAUUGUCAACAAUAUACUUCAUAUAGAGGCUUAUGUUAAUACUCAUACAGACGUAUUUUUCAACUGCAUAUUGUACGCUAGGAAAAGUCGGGAUAAAAUUGAUCUGUAGCUAUUUGGCAAUCUAGCAGUAGAGCACUGCACACACAAGAGUUAAGACUCACACUCCGUAGUCGACGGCUCCCUUUGGCUGGCCCUGAGUCUCAUAGUAUUGGUCAAUACAUUGGACCAAUGUCCGAGAGGUGGUGACGAGGCAAGUCAACUUGGCACUGGGGGAGUGGAGGUCCGGUACACGACACAGCUCGGUGAUGGCUUCGUGAUAGGGAGGAGACGA